UUCAAUAAAAACUGGAAAAGUAAACAUUACAUUCUUCCAAGAUGGCGGGAUUGGAAUUUGAAAGACCCUUCGUUAAAUUUUUCCUCGUAAUGGGAUUUAUUUGCUUCAACUUGACCAUAAUUAAGGCAGAGGAAACGAAAACAAUAAAAUGUGGUCAACGAAACCCGCAAGGAAUUCCAACGGCUGCAGCCUCUACUCCCAGCAUUGGUGAAAGUAAAUUUGGAGAAUUUCCCUGGACCAUUGACAUUGCAAAUGAGGGACGAGUAUUUUGUGUCGGUUCCCUGAUACAUCCCCGCGUAGUAUUGACGGCUGGCCAAUGUGUGGCCUUACCAGAGGAUAUACCCAAUUUAAAAUUACGUGCUGGCCUGUGGGAUCGUGAAUCGAAUCCGGAACACUACCCUUAUCAGGAGAGAUCAAUUGAAAAGAUUAUUUUACAUGACGAUCUUGGACGUUCUCGCCGAAGACGUAGAAAUGACAUUGCAUUGGUUAUUGUCAAUGCCCCAUUUGUCUUGGCGGAUCAUAUCAAAACCGUGUGUCUACCUCCAGCCAACUAUGCCGCGCCAAAUGGUACCGCUUGCUAUGCCACCGGUUGGGGAAAACAAUCGCUGAGAGGUGAUCACAGCCAGCGUAUGAAACUUGUGCCAUUGACUCGCAUCGAAGAUGGGAUUUGUGAACGAGAAAUGGAAAUUCAAUUACAUAGUUCAGUGAUGUGUGCCGUGGGCCAGAAUGGUAGCGAUACCUGUUCCGGUGAUUCAGGUGGGCCACUGGUGAGUCGCAUCAUCGCUGACCAGGAAUUUUAUCACCAGAUUGGCAUAACAUCAUUUGGCAUUUCAUGUUUUGAUGGUAGCCCUGGGGGUUAUACCAAUGUGGGGCACCUUCGUGAAUGGAUCGACGAGCAGAUGAAGGAGAAUGAUUUGGAAACGUCGACAUACAUUCAUGAGUAAAAUAUAAUAGUAUCUACUUUUUAAA